AUGGUGCAGGCCGCCGGAGGACACGGGAAGGUCAUGGCCAACUACUUCCCUACUGCCCUGACCGGUUCUGCCUGGUCUUGGUUGAUGAAUCUCCCUCGCGGGUCGGUUCACUCUUGGGAGGACCUAUGCGACCAGUUCGUUGCCAACUUCCAGGGAACCUACACCCGAUCAUGGGUCGAGGACGACCUGUAUCAGGUCCGACAGCAACAAGACGAGUCAUUACGAGACUACAUUCGAUGCUUCACUGAGCGCCGGAACACCAUUCCGAGGAUCACAGGAGAAUCCAUGGUCAUAGAGUUCAAGAGGGGGGUCAAGGACCAGAAAAUGGUCGAGAAGCUGGCCACCCGGGUAAUCCGAAACACCACCGAGCUCUUCGAGCUCGUGAACAAAUGA